GAAACGAUAUAUUUUUAUUCCUUCAUUUCAUUUGAGUUAAGACAUUAUUCCAGACGGUAUGUGCUGUAUUGCUCUCUGCCCAAGAUCACUUCAAGUUCAAUUACUUCUAAUUUCGAUCUUUGCUACAAACUGAAACAUUUUGUUCUUCUUAAAUUUUAUUCGACUUAAGUUAAAACGCAUUCAGACAAUUUGAAAAUCUCGAGGUAAAGGCAGACGACAGCUCAACCAAUUCUCAAGCUUUCGACAACGAGGCCUUUGAUGAUAUCGCUCUCGGUACUAUGAAUGAUAACGGGAGUGCUUGCGAUAGUCUUACGACCAGGAAACCGGAAUCAAACGGCGUCGAACCGAUCGAACCGGAAAUGAAAGACAAACUGAACUUUGAUCUUGAAGACGGCAAGUCACGUGACCAAUGUAAGGAUGAUGAGAAUGAAAAUUUUCAGAUGACGCUGUGGAAGCACAUAUACCGCAUCACUGACCGAAUCGCCGUGGUCUUGAAACAGAACAGAACGAUCAUUGUCAAUACCAUCAAGACAGUACUCCUACUCCUUUUCUCUGCCUACCUUAUCUACGCCUGCAUCUACGAUUUCGAGGAGGCUUUCGUCGUCCUGAUCAUCACCUCGCUCGUGUUGCUGUCGGCGACGUACGCGCUGGUUAGGGAUACGAAAGGCGAUGUCAUCUUCACGAAAUGUCUCCAUCCCAUGUGGUUAAUGAUGGUCAGAGGUGUGGAGAAAACAAAGUGGAUCCUCGCGUUCUUAGCAGUCAUCGGGUUUGGCAUAAUUCUCUUUUUCUUAACACGUGACAACCCCAUUCAACUCAUCUCUUUCGGUGGUCUCGUCAUAUUCAUCACACUCCUGUAUGUAUUCUCCAAGUAUCCAGAAAGGGUGAAAUGGAGGCCUGUCAUCUGGGGACUGGUCCUACAGUUCGUCUUCGGGAUCCUGAUCCUACGGACCUAUCCUGGCUAUGUUCUCUUUCAAUGGAUUGGUAACGUGGUCCAGGCCUUCCUUGGGUUCUCUAGCGCUGGUUCCCUCUUCCUGUUCGGGGAAGACUACAACGAACAUUAUUUUGCUUUCGCGGUACUACCCAUCAUUAUCUAUUUUAGCAGUGCUAUCUCAAUUCUGUACUAUAUUGGUGCAAUGCAGUUUGUGAUUAGGAAGCUAGCCUGGUUAAUGCAAAGAACAAUGAGAACAUCAGCCUCAGAGUCUCUUAAUGCAGCUGGGAAUAUAUUCAUCGGACAGACCGAAGCACCGCUGCUCAUCCGUCCGUUUCUGAAGGACAUGACGCGGUCAGAAAUCCACGCGGUUAUGACCGGAGGUUUUGCCACCAUCGCCGGUAGCGUCCUGGGGGCGUAUGUUCUGAGCGGUAUCAGCGCGGCUCAUCUGGUAUCCGCCUCGGUUAUGUCCGCACCUGCUGCUCUAGCCGUCUCUAAACUCUUCUAUCCGGAAACUGAAAAAUCCAAGACGGCGAAUUCGGAUAAUUUGACUAUUGAAAAGGGGACAGAGAGAAACUUUAUAGAGGCAGCUGCAUCCGGAGCAUCAACCGCUAUACCUCUAGUACUCAACAUCGCAGCAAACCUGGUAGCUUUCAUUUCUCUUCUUGCUUUGGUCAACGCCCUUCUCAGUUAUUUUGGUGGAUUGGUCGGAUAUCCUCAACUUACCUUCGAAGUUAUAUGCUCUUAUGUGUUCAUGCCAGUAGCGUUUAUCAUGGGUGUCGAGUGGGCCGACUGCCGUCUCGUCGCUGAACUUAUCGGUAUCAAGACAUUCGUCAACGAGUUCGUUGCUUACGACAAACUCGCUACAUUUAUUGACAACAGAGAGACGGGGGCUGGACCAACGCUAUCGGAACGAUCCGAAGUCAUCGCGACAUACGCCCUCUGCGGCUUCGCCAACAUCUCCUCGAUAGGGGUCCAGCUGGGCGGGUUAGCACCCCUCGCACCGAGCAGGAAACCUGACCUAGCAGCGGUCGUGAUCAGAGCGCUGAUAGCGGGGACGGCUGCUUGCUUCAUGACAGCUUGCAUUGCAGGGGUAUUGUACGUACCGGAAGAAGUGAUAUCAGGGAACUCAACUACGCCCACCCCCAUGACAACCAUCUACUAGCCAAUAGAAAUCAAGGAUCAUCCCGACAUAGCGCCAAAUCUCAUGUGAUAUAAUAUUACUCCUUUGGAACUUGAGAAAUCGUGUGAACACUGCCUUGAUGUCUGCACAAGAAAGAGUAAAACAUAAAACUCCCAAUUCACUACCUUGAGAGUGACGUUAGAAUCACUGGUUGUCGGUUUUCGAGUGAAUGAACUCGUUCAGAAUUCGGUUUUCUCAAAAAGAUUUGAUGUUCAAUCUUUCUUCAACACGAUUUCACUCUUCCAUGUCUUGGAAAGUACUUAUGUAGAUAAAAAAAGAUGUAAAUUUAUAUAAAUACAUUUAUAUUAUAUAGAAGGAAUAUUGUACAAUAGAAUUAAAUUUCGCAAGUAAUAAGUUUCCAAUCCAUCCACUUCAAAGGUCAUUUGAUAUAGCGCCUUUUCCUUUCGAAAGUUUCUUAACUUUAUAGGGAGUAAGUGUAAAAUAAAUAAAGAUGAGAGAAUGAGAGAGAUAGAGGGAGAGAGAGUUAGAGAGAGAGAGGUGGGAUGGAAUGCGAAGAGAGAUAAGUUUGGGGGAAAUGAUGAAAAUAAAACAUCAUUAUUUUGUUUUGCUCUUUAAGAUAAAAAAAAAAUCAUUGUUUUGUCACUGCCUCUCGUAGUCUUAUUAAAUUCGAAUAUUAUUGUUCGAAGCUCACUGCCAAUAAUUCAGACUGUAAUAUGUAACACGCACUUUUCAGAUGUAAGAGUCUGGGCACUAGCGUACCUACGGGGGGCAGGGGGGCACUCUGCCCCCCCCCCUGACGAGUCACAACCCAUGCAAAAACGUAUCUUUACCCCCCUGACGGGCUUGAAAAACCUUUUUUGCCCCCCCUGACGAGCUUGAAGACCUUUUUUUUUUUUUUUUUUUUUUUUUUUUUUUUUUUGCUUGUCAAUUUUUUUCUGGUACGAAAUCCUUUAUUUGUGAUCAAAAACUUUUUUUUUUUUUUUUUUUUUUGCUUGUCAAAUUUUUGGGCGGACGGUUUUGCCCCCCCUGUGGAAAAUCCUAGGUACGCCACUGAGUCUGGGUAAUGAGAGUUGAAAUGAUAUUCAUGAAUUAAGAAUUCCAUGAUCGUCUUUUACACCAAUGUCAUGCAAUACGCAAUAAGAAUGCAACGUGUGUAUUGGUACUUUAUAGUGUGCUUUUUGUAAUAAAUGAGGGAAUAUUAUCAUGA